UGGACAACAUAGUAUUUGUCACACUCUCCAAUACUUGUAGUGAAGAGAAAAAUAUAAUACUCUUAACACUGGGGCCUCUCAUGGCGUAGCGUGGGUUUGACUAUGUUUGCAGCUUUCCCAAUUUCAUAUCAAGUUUAGGCUGUCUAUUUGAGAAAUAUGGAUCGAGCAAGGUUAAAUAAAAGAACCCGUUACUCAGGUUCAACACCGUCAGAGGAGUCAGCCUUAGAUCUUGAAAAAUACUGCUGCAGUUAUUCUAAUCUUCCUUCACUUAGUCCACCAACACUUCAACCUUAUGCAUCGGCUGGACAACACUCUGAGAGUAAUGCUGCAUACUUCUCCUGGCCUAGUCGGCUAAAUGAUGCUGCUGAAGAGAGAGCUAACUAUUUCGCGAAUCUUCAGAAAGGAGUUUUGCCAGAAACUCUUGGCCGAUUGCCCGAGGGGCAGCGAGCGACAACCUUGCUUGAUCUCAUGACUAUAAGGGCAUCUCAUAGCAAACUCUUGCGUUGCUACAGUCUUGGUACGGCAAUUGGUUUUCGUAUUCGACGUGGUGUUUUGACUGAUAUACCAGCAAUACUAGUUUUCGUAUCCCGGAAAGUUCACAAGCAAUGGCUUAGUCCAAUUCAGUGUCUACCUACUGCUUUAGAGGGUCCUGGAGGUGUGUGGUGUGAAGUUGAUGUGGUCGAGUUCUCCUAUUUUGGUGCACCAGAGCCGACACCGAAGGAGCAGUUGUACACAGAGAUAGUUGAUGACCUGCGGGGUAGUGACCCAUAUAUUGGUUCAGGAUCUCAGGUAGCAAGCCAGGAGACAUAUGGAACCUUGGGUGCUAUUGUGAGGAGCCUGUCAGGCAAUCGACAAGUUGGUUUCCUAACAAACCGGCAUGUUGCUGUUGACUUAGAUUACCCAAAUCAGAAAAUGUUCCAUCCUUUACCUCCAACACUUGGACCUGGAGUAUAUCUGGGUUCAGUGGAGAGAGCUACAUCUUUUAUCAGAGACGACCUUUGGUAUGGCAUAUUUGCUGGCAUAAAUCCAGAGACAUUUGUUAGGGCAGAUGGUGCAUUCAUCCCUUUCACAGAUGAUUUUGAUAUGACCUCUGUUACUACUUCUGUUAAGGGCAUAGGGGAAAUUGGUGAUGUCAAAAUUAUAGAUUUGCAAUCUCCUAUUAGUAGUCUCAUUGGAAAGCAAGUGACGAAGGUUGGAAGAAGCUCUGGAUUGACUACCGGGACUGUCUUGGCAUAUGCCCUUGAAUACAAUGAUGAGAAAGGGAUUUGCUUCUUGACUGAUUUUCUUGUCAAUGGAGAAAACCAGCAGACGUUUGACCUUGAAGGAGACAGUGGUAGUUUAAUCGUUUUGAAGGGUGAGAGUGGGGAGAAACCCCGACCAAUUGGUAUUAUUUGGGGUGGAACUGCAAAUAGGGGGCGGCUUAAACUAAAGGUGGGACAAUCACCAGAAAACUGGACUAGUGGAGUUGACCUUGGGCGCCUGCUCAAUUUCCUUGAACUUGAUAUCAUCACAAAAGAUGAAGCUCUAAAAGUUGCAGUGCAAGAACAGAGAGCUGCCUCUGCCACAAUGGUGGGCUCUACAGCUGGGGAUUCUUCGCCUCCUGAUAUAAUGCUUCCAAAGGACAAAAUAGAGCCUCUUGGGCUUCACAUUCAACAAAUUCCCAUGGAAGAUGGCAUUGGUGGCCCUGAUAUAAACUCUUCGCCUGUGGAAGCUACAUUUAACUUGGAAGAAGGCGGGAUCAACUUUGAUGCAAAUGUUGAACAUCAAUUCAUUCCAAGCUUCAAUGGGCAACCUCCGGCUAAUCAAGACGAUCAUCGUGACAAGUCAGCAUAUGAGAAUCUUUCAGCUUUGAGGAAAGGCUCUGAUGAAGACAUCAGCUUUUCCUUGCAGUUGGGUGGUCAUGAAUCCAAGAGAAGACGUUCAGAACCUCCACCAAGCGCAGAUGAACCAGAAUGAUUUUCUCCUUUUAUGUGCUGGUUCAUUUUUCUUUGAGUUCAAAGGAAAUGCAUUUGUUGUUUGUUUCUGAAAACAAGAAAGAGGUCCAAUUUGGUUUUUGAGGUGCUAAAUUUUCAUCAUGUGGCCAUUGAUGGCAACCUGUGUAUGAGGAGUUUUGUAUUUGAACAUGUCAGUACUGCAAAAUCCAAUUGUAAAAUAUAUGCAAGUUAAAAAAAGAGGCUGCUUUCUUGAGCUAUUUAGAUUCAUGGUACUCCAUGCAUCUCUCUGUGCAGUCUCAAAACUUGCCUUUGAUGUAUAUUUAUGCUGGAUAUCCUAAGAAAGGAAGAGUUGAACGAAAAACAAAACACAAAA